CGAAUUUGAAUUCGAAUUAAGUAAGCGCGCAGAGCUUGCACUGUUUUUAACCACUGCGCGUUAACCAACACUGAUCGAACAGCUGUUCGGUUAUGUGUCACCAAAAUUUGAGCAAGUUUUCGCCGCAUCGCUGUGUUUUAUUUUUGUCACUGCCGCCGUCUGUUGGAUUAGCUUCUCGUGCAUAUGGACGAGCAGAAGGUAAUGGAGCAAAACAUGGAGAACUUGGCCAUCGCCAUGCCGGUGUCUCCAUCGCCGCGCCAACCGAGCCUGGAAGAGGAAGCAGAAGUCGGCAAAGAUGCGGCAUCUGACCAACAGCUGAGUGAAUUUACCGCCACAAACAGUUGCACCUGUGGCUGCCCUCAGCUGGAGGCAGAGCCAAUUCUGGACAAUGUGCAGUUGCUCGGAUUUCUGGUGCGCAGUCGUGACAUUGACUGGAAGAGCUAUGUCCAACCCUUGGAUACCGAAGUGCGCGGCGAUGCGGUCUACUUGGAGAGGCAAUCCGAUUUUCUGAGCAACCAUCGACGUACGCUGAAUAACAACAGUCGACGCGAGCUGCUUGUCUGCCACGACAUGAUGGGCAACUAUUUGAACGAUCGGCACUACCACAGCUCGGAGAAGUACGAUGACUAUCGAUUCAUGCACUGGUCGGCUGUGGAUUAUUUUUGUUACUUCAGCCACAAAUAUGUGACAAUUCCGCCCAGCGGCUGGCUAAAUGCCGCCCAUCGACAUGGCGUGCCCGUGCUGGGCACCUACAUAGCCGAGGGCCACUCGGGCAAACAGCUACUGCACGAAAUCCUCGACAGCGCGGAGAGCGUGCAACGUACUGUGGCAGCCAUGACACGGCUCUGCCUGCACUUUGGCUUCGAGGGCUGGCUGGUGAAUGUGGAGUGUCCGGUGCGUGCCGAGGCCAUGCCCAAUCUCUACCUCUUUGUGGAGGAGCUGCGUCAGGCGACCGAGCGGCAGGUGCCGCAUGGACGCGUUAUUUGGUACGAUAGCGUCAUCGACAAUGGCGAACUGUCCUGGCAGAACGAGCUGAAUGAGCGUAAUGUGCAAUUCUUUCGCGCCAGUCAUGGCACUCUGAUCAACUACAUCUGGGACGAUCGCAGUCUGGACACGAGCGAGGCAUCCAUACAGCGUGAGAAGGCAGCACCGCAUCGUUUGUUUCUGGGACUCGAUGUGUUUGGGCGCGGCCAAUUGGGACGCUUUCAGAGCGCUCAUACUCUGGCUAGGAUUGCGGCACGCGGCUUCUCGGCGGGCAUUUUUGCGCCAGCCUGGUGCUUCGAGACGCUGCAGCAAUAUGGCUACAAUAUACGCAACAACAGCGGCGAUGAGUCUGUGAAUGCCGCCUUUCUGGCCAGAAACGAGCGCUGGUGGUCCCGCCUUUGGCCUUCCCUGGGCACGCAUCCAUACCGUUCGCUGCCCUUCUACUCAAACUUCUGUGUGGGAUCGGGCCGCACCAGUUUCGAGUGCGGCGUACGCCAGCUGGCGGCACGUCCCUUUUUUAAUCUGGCGCGACAGGCUCUGCAGCCGUCGGUGCCGUUGGGCGACAAUGCCGAACACAGCUUUGACACCGCCUACACUGGGGGCUGUGCCCUGCGUAUUAUUAAUUAUGAACGUGCCUUUCGGUUGUUCCUCACCGAAUUCGAGCUACCAUUGGGCGUACUGCUCUUGGGCUAUGCCUACAAAGUCACCACGGAAGACGAGAAGCACGCGUUGGAUGUGGUGCUAAGAUUUUGUCCACCCCGGCAACCCAUGAAGGAUGUUUAUGUCUUUUGUGGCACCUAUCGCGAGAAUAUUCUAACGCAAGGUGUAUGCUACGUAUCGCCACUGGCCGGAACACUGGCGCCCAGCCUGGUGCACGACCAGCUGCCGCAGGAGCACGGUGCCCUGGGCGAGAACUGGCGUGUGCGAUAUUAUCUUGUCAAAUUCGAUGGACCCGUGCAGCUGCAGGACAUAGGGCUGAUGGGCAGACGCCCGCAACUGUCCACAGCGAAUGCUUACUUGGGUGCCAUCUAUGUGCAGAGCCUGCAGCUGGAGGAUUAUGAGGCAGCACAAGCAACGCACAAAGCCGACAUUUCGGUAAAUCAUGGACAGCUCUGGCGUGAUCACGAUUUAAUGGAAAAGGCCUCGGCAGCUUAAAAAUUAAAUGCAUUUUGGACAGAAA